AUGCCCUCCGUGGUCGAUUCGUUAGAACUGUAUGACAUACCCGACGACAUUUUAUCACUAACAUCUAUCGCGACUCUGGGGCAGCUGCUAAAGUACCCUGACCAACGACGCAACCUCUCGAGGAUAUUGAAGCGACCCCUACCACCAACCGAGGCAAAUUAUGCGAGUUCUGCAGGGGUACCCAAGACCACAGCCGUUAAAUGUUAUGUACAAAUUGCAAACAAAAUAGUAGUUACGGUCCUAGAUACCGGGGCAGCA